CAGAACUGGAGGCGCAUAUCGAUGGAGCUGCCAGUGCUUGACAGCGCUUUUCGCGUUCGAGGGGCGGGAAAUUCAAAACUAAAACCUAAAACAUACUACUCUUUCAAUUUCUUUACAUUGUUUGUCCCUUGGUCCGAUUUCGGGUGGGUAGUACUACCCAUACUAGCCACACCUUCCGCCGGGCCUGGUACGUUGUGACCCCAACUUCAUCCUACAACUUAAAUGGUUAAUGCGACGCUACCUAGCGAAAUAAUAUGACCAUUGUUUUUUUGAGCUUAGUUUUGUUAGGGUGGAUGGCAAUUAAUCCAUUAUUACUUUAAAUGCAGCGCGACAAACUUUUUGCCCUGUCAUGAGGGCAUUGUAGGCAGCCUAUAAAGGCUCUUCCCACUGUCCCAUGGCUAUCAAAAUGUUCUCUUUUCUACUGGGGUCAGUUCUCCUGAGUUUAGUUGGUGCUUCUGACUUGGAAUCCAUCCAAGUCCAAGUUCUCCAUGAGCUCAACGAGGCACUCCAAACGGAGCUCAAUGUGUUCAUCGAUUUUGAGGGUUUCGACGACUCACAGAUACUCCACCAAUUGGACACCCCGAGAAUUCUACUCUCUUCCAACUCGAGCGCAGCUAGAGAUCUUCGAGUUCGAGGAAACUUCACAGAGAGAGCUCUGAUCAUUGUAAGUCUAAUGGAAUCUGGACGCGAUGUGAAUCAAUUGGUUUUAAGACUUUUGCCACGAAUGUUGGACGAGCUCCAUGAGCUGCACAUAGUGUUCCUGGCCACUGAAGAAUCAAGAUUUUCGCAGGAUGACCUCUACGCCUACUGCUUCAAGGAGGGAUUCGUGAACGUGAUUCUGCUGAGGGGGAAGAGCCUGUACAGCUACCUACCCUAUCCUCGUAUCCAACCGAUGAGCCUAACAAACGUAUCCGAGUAUUUCAAUCGCGCAAGGAUCAUCCGAGAUUUUCAAGGCUAUCCCGUGCGCAUACUGCGAAGCGCAAUGACUCCGCGGGACUUCGAGUACUUCAACGACCAGGGUGACUUGGUGCGCGCAGGAUAUUUGUUCGCGGCGGUCAAGGAGCUUGCUAAUCGCUAUAACGCCACUAUCAUAAGCGUAGCCAAGCCCGUCCUGCCGGAUUACGAAGUGUACUUGGCUAUUUCCGAUAUGCUGCGCACAAAAAGGAUCGACAUUGUUUGCUACUUCAAAGAAUUUAGUAUAAAAGUGGCCUACACAGCACCACUCUCGAUUGUCCGCGAGUACUUCAUAGCGCCCCACGCCCGUCCGAUUUCCAGUUACCUCUACUACUCGAAACCCUUCUCCUGGACCCUUUGGGUGGUCGUGAUCUCGACUGUGCUGUACGGCACCCUGAUGCUGCACCUGGCUGCGCGACAGGCGCGAGUCGAGAUUGGAAAGUGCCUGCUGUACAGCCUCAGCCACAUCCUGUACAACUGCCACCAGACUAUCAGCGUGGCGGGCUGGCGGGACAUGGCUAUCCAUGGCAUCCUAACGAUCGGAGGCUUCAUACUGACCAACGUCUACUUGGCCACGCUCUCCAGCAUCCUCACAUCCGGGCUGUACGACGGGGAGUACAACACGCUGGAAGAUCUGGUCAGCGCUCCCUAUCCCAGUCUGCACGACGAGUACUACAAGAGCCAGUUGCUGGCGAAGACCUUCCUGCCCGAGCGUCUGCGCAGGAACAGCUUGACCCUGAACGUCUCCCUGCUGAAUGCGUACCGGGAUGGCCUCAACCAGAGCUACAUCUACAUGCUGUACGAGGAUCGCCUGGAGCUGAUCCUGAUGCAGCAGUACCUGCUGAAGACGCCGCGCUUCAACAUGAUUCGCCAGGGCGUGGGCUACGCCCUCGAGUCCUACUGCGUGUCCAUGAGCCUGCCGUACUUGGAGCUGACCAGUGAGUUCAUGAGGCGCCUGCAGGAGCACGGCAUCGGCAUCAAAAUGAAGGCGGACACUUUCCGGGAGCUCAUCCAGCAGGAAAUCUACACCCUGAUGCGUGAUGAUGAGCCGCCGGCUAAGGCAUUCGACCUGGACUAUUACUUGUUCGCCUUUGCUUUGUGGGCUGCCGGUUUGGGUUUGUCCCUGCUGGUUUUUUGCGCGGAGUUCGUAGGUAGACGGCUCUUAUGCCGGUAGUUAACUCAUUUAUUUCCUUAUGUAUGCUACAACAAAAACGCGUAUUAUAAUAACUUAUAUAAAGGCAAUGUGACUAAGUGACUCAUUCAAUAUGUCAUACUUUAAGUUUAUAAGGUGUAUGCUACAACAAAAACGCUUAUUAUAAUAACUUAUAUAAAUACUUUAAUUCAA